AAAAAAAAAAGAAAUCAGGUGAGUGAGGAAUAUGCUGAGCUUAUCACUGAGCCGUAAUCAUGUUCCUCCAUUAACGCACUUACGUCGUCAUGAACGAAGAAGAAUCCUCAAUCUCCGAUGUCGAUCGUCUCUUCUCUUUCACCAACUCUUCCGCAAUAAACUCCUUCUCCUCCCUUCGUCUUCUUCACCUGGAGUUGUUGCUAUUUCAGCAUCUUCGUCUCCAAUCGCCGUUCCGGAAUUAGAAGACGACGAGGACCACUUCGAUGACGAGUUACGCCGUCUCUUGGCUCUGGUACCGGAGGAGAUACGAAGGACACUUGAUGAGCACCCUGAGAUUAGUGAACUCAUUGAGAUUGUGUUGGAUUUAGGUCGUACACCUCUGGCGCGAUUCCCUUCUGGAGAUUUUGUUAUCUCCGACGACUCUGUUACGUUUAAGGAUUUGGAAUUCGCUGUCUCUCAGGUUGGUGAGUUCACUAAUGAUAAUCGAGCUGGGAUUAGCCGGACGUUGCAUCGGAUUAGUGCGAUACGGAAUCGGAAAGGAGAAAUUAUUGGAUUAACUUGCCGUGUUGGUCGAUCUGUUAGAGGAAGCGCAAAUUUGCUGCGUGAUCUUGUUCAAGAUGGGAACUCAUUGUUGCUUAUUGGUCCACCAGGUGUUGGGAAAACUACAAUGAUUAGGGAGGUAGCGAGAAUGCUAGGAAAUGACUAUGAGAAGAGAGUAAUGAUUGUUGAUACUUCUAAUGAGAUUGGUGGUGAUGGUGAUAUACCUCAUCCAGGGAUUGGUAAUGCUAGGCGGAUGCAAGUCCCUAACUCUGACAUACAACACAAGGUAUUGAUUGAAGCAGUAGAAAACCAUAUGCCUCAAGUGAUUGUGAUUGAUGAGAUUGGAACUAAACUUGAAGCGAUAGCUGCAAGUACAAUAGCAGAACGUGGAAUCCAGUUAGUCGCCACUGCUCAUGGAGCUACCAUUGAGAAUUUGAUUAAGAAUCCUUCAUUGGACCUUCUGGUUGGAGGUGUACAGAGUGUGACUCUUGGAGAUGAGGAAGCGACCAGAAGAGGUGGCCAGAAGACUGUCCUUGAAAGAAAAGGUCCUCCAACAUUUAACUGUGGUGCAGAAAUAGUUUCAAAGACUGAAGUUCGAGUUCAUCGUAGACUUGAAGCAACUGUUGAUGCUGUUCUCGCAGGUCGAUUACCAAACGUUGAAAUCCGAAAAGUAAAGUCUCAUGGAGUGGAAGUGAUUAUGGAGAAGGAACCUUUCAUCGACGAGACGACUGUGGAUAAUAUACAUGAAGAGGAAACAUUAGAUGUUUCGAAGCUCACCAAUGAGGAAACGGUAUCUGAAGUCCUUCCAACUAAGGAGAUAACUGAAGCAGAAUCGUCAGGGCAAGAGACACUGAUGUAUCUAUAUGUGUAUGGGAUUGCAGAAUCAACUGUUCUUCAGGCAAUCAAACAACUAGAGAUGGAAACUGCAGUAGAGUUAACUGACGACAUUAGCGAAGCAGAAGCCAUACUCGCAUUACAAGCAAAGAUCAGGAAGAAUCCUCGGAUUAAAGCAUUAGCUACAUCUCACGGUAUACCUGUUUAUGUAACAAAGACUAACUCAGGUAUUCAAGUGGCCAAGGCGAUACGGGCAUUACUAACUGAUUACGAAGAUGGUCUCGGAGAAUUUGGAUCAGAAGAACGUCUAAAACUAUCUGAAAAAAUGGACGCCUUAGAGGAAGCGAGAUUAGCGAUAGAGCGGAUAGUGAUACCGAAAAAGGAAACAGCCGAUUUACUACCGAGGCAACCUAAGAUCGUGUCUCUUCAAGGAAAGCUAGUCAGGAAGUAUAAUUUACGAUCAGAAAGAAAAUGGAGAGAGGAUGAGAUGUAUCUACGGAUCAUCCCUUAUGGGACAGAAGAAGACAGAGACGACGGUGAAGAUGAAGGAGAGGUUGAAGAAGAGAACGGAGAAGAGCUUGACGAGUUCGGUUGUAGCACUGGCGAGUCUAAUGGUUCACCCUAUGGCAUUGACAGGUUACCUCUCUUGCCUGAUUAGUUUUAUUACUUUAUAUGUUCGUACAAUAUUAAAGAUACAUUUUUGUGAAUGAAAAUAGAUAUAUUCUCAAACAAGUUUGAUAAUUGGUAACUAUGAUCAGAAACUCAAAGUAAUGUCAAAACUUGAUGUGUUUUUUUUCUUCUUUUCA